UCCGCGGGUCGCGAUGGCAACUGUCCGAACUGGACGGCGACAGCAACUUUUAUCAUACUGGUAACAACACGGAGUCGUUAUAAGUCGGUUUAGAAACUACUUUCUGAUGUGAGAAACAAACUCUAUACACUUUCUUCAGUCCGAAAAUGUCACAGGGAUGUACAGUUUCUGUGGAAGAGAUCCAGUCUUGGUGGGAAGUCCCCGCCAUAGCCCACUUCUGCUCGCUGUUCAGGACAGCGUUCAACCUCCCAGACUUUGAAAUAGAGGAGCUGGAGAAAGCCCUGUCAGAGCAAGACUUGGACUUUCUUGGGGACCUCAUUGCUUGUCUGUUGCAGGGUUGCUACCAGCGCAAUGACAUCAGCCCCCGGUCGUUCAGCAGUUACCUGGACGACAUCAUCAGCUACAGGUGGGAACUGGAGGAAGGGAAGCCGAACCCACUGCGAGAGGACACCUUUGAGAACCUCCCUCCUCGCACACAGGUGGAGUUGCUGCACCGGCUGUGCGACUACCGUCUGGAUGCUGCCGAUGUCUUUGACCUGUUGAAGGGCCUAGAUGCAGACAGCCUGAGGGUUGAACCCCUGGGGCAGGAUGGAAAUGGAGCCCUCUACUGGUACUUUUACGGCACUCGUAUGUACAAAGAAGAGCCCGGCAAGAGGAAAGCAGAGAAGAUCAGUGACUCCAGUGAGCUGGGGUUUCCAGAGAAGAAGAAAAGGGGAAGACCACCAAAGAAGAUAAAACUAGAAGACCCUCAGCUGAGUGAGCUGGAAACUGAGGUGACUGACGUGACCGAGGUAAAGACAGAGAAUGGGCUGGAGGAUCUGCGUCCCAGCAAAGGCCGUAAACGAGGCAGGUGGUCCCUCGUGUGUGAUACAGAGGAGCAGUGGGUCAGUCUGGCAGAGAGCAUCAAGGACAAAACCUCCCCUCAGGACCGCCACCUUUACCGCGUCAUCAGCCAGAACUUCCUGCCUGAGAUCAGAAGCAUGAUCGAGCACAAGGAGCGGGAGCAGAAACAGAAAUUACUGGACCCAACUCCAGUCCGCACAUCUCAACGAUUCUCAAUAAAAUACAACAACCAAGAGGAGGAUGAGGACGACCUGAAUGCCGUUGGGGAGGAAGAGAAGAAGAAAGAUGAAGAUCUGGACCGGCAAGUCCUGCUGGCUGAGCAGCGACGCGAAGAGGAAAGACUUCUGCAGGAGGAACUACAGAGAGAAAAGAUGGAGAAGGUCAAAGCUGUGGAGGAGCGAGCGAAGAGAAGGAAGAUGCGAGAAGAGAAAGCCUGGUUGCUAUCUCAAGGAAAAGACCUUCCACCUGAACUCCUGAACCUGGAGCCUUCUUCUCCUGUGCACAGAACUCGCAGGAACAAAGAAUUCUACGAAAUUGAUGACGACUACACGGCUCUUUACAAAGUGCUUGAGGCCUUGAAAUCCCAUAAAGAUGCUUGGCCUUUCUUGGAGCCUGUGGACGACUCGUAUGCCCCCAAUUACCAUGAGCUAAUCAAGACUCCCAUGGACCUGUCCACCAUCGAGAAGAAGCUCAAUGAUGGGGACUACAUUGCUAAGGAGGAGUUUAUUGCCGACGUGAAACUCAUGUUUGAGAACUGCAUUGAGUACAACGGAGAAGACAGUGAGUACACUAUCAUGUCAGAGUCUCUGGAUCGCUGUUUCAGCCGGGCUUUACUAAAACACUUUCCAUCAGAGGACGGUGACACAGAUGAGGAAUUCCACAUCAGCAGAGAAGACAAGGAGCGCAAGGACAAAAAGCGAAACCGUGGUAGUAAAAGCUCUGGACCCGAGAGUCUGAUUAAAGCCACUGAGCUAGUCCAACGCAAGAGAAACUCCCAGGGUGGCAAAGGCAGCCAACUUUUAGAGGAAGAUGACAUCAGGCCAAGCCAACCACCUCUGCCCCCUCACUGGGCCCACCGCCCCCCGCAUCACCACAGCCUUCAUCCAGGUCGGCAACAAGUCCACGGGGGAGACAUCAGGGGCAUGUACCACCCAGGGCAGCAGAUCCAUCGUCCCCCCGGCCCCCCUGGUCCUCAUGGUCCUCAUGGUCCUCAUGGUCCUCAUGGUCCUUACAUGUAUGCCCAAAGGAUGGCCAUGGAUCCCCGCUUUGCUUACCAGGGUCACAUACCCAGACAUGGCGAACCUGGUUUCAACCGCUUGCCUCACGAUUUCAACAUGCAGCAUCGUAUGGCUGAAGGACAUCCCAUGGGUCCACGCUAUCCAAUGGGCCCAGAGCACAACCAUCAGCAUCCCCAACACCCGCAGCAGCACCCAUACAUGGGUCCGACUCAUGGCCCGUCCCUGGGCCCACGUCCUGUAGCCCUCCAGUCUGGACCUCCUCCUGAAGCCAGCAUGUACCCAUCCCACCACCGUCCAGAGGGCCACAACAUGCACACUGUGGGCAACAGAUUCCCAGGGCCAGAAGGACCUCCUCAGCACAACUUCCCAGGCAUGAGGCCUCCUGGUAUGGGACUAUCCAACAUGUGGACUGGUAUGAAUCACCAGGAGAGACCCAAUGGGAUGCGUAUGCAAGAUCCCAACAUGGUGAACCAGCGGAACUUUAGUUAUGGUGGAGUUCCCCCUCCAGUGGGGCAUAAACCAUGGCUGGAAGCUGCUGGAUACCCCCACCCACCUCCAAACGCCCAGUAUCAAAUCCCUGCAGCGGUCAGCUCCACAGGGCCCACAUCCUCUCGUCCCCCUGUCCCCCACACAGACUCCUCUGGCAGGACAGGCUUGGCCUCCAUGCUGGAAAGCCCAGAGAUGCUGGCCCUGCAGCAGCUGUCAGCCUCUUCUAGACCCCCUGCUAGCGCCCCUCAUCAGCACAUGAGCAACUUUCAGCAGCCCGGGCCCCCAUCAGGAAUUGGCAGCAUCCCAGCUCAGCCCCCUCAGCAGCCUCCCCCUGCCCCUGAGGUUCAGCUGCUGCGUCCUGCUGGAGACAAUGGGCCAGACAGGCAGCCUUCUCCACAGACAGACCAGCAGCCCAAAGAAUCCACAUCAGGGAACACCGUGGCUGCAAACAACAUUUCAGAUGAAGUUUCAACACAAAACACUGUUUCAGUUUACCAAGAGCACUCGUCAAUCCAAAGCCCCACAGGACACAGCUCUGGGCCACCAGAGGGCACGCAGAGCUUCCCAGACCCUAAAUCAGGCAGAUCCCUGCAGAAUCCAUCUGGACCGCGGCUCCCACAGAGUUCAACAGAGAGCCACGGGCACAACAGAACCGCUCAGACACAAUCUGCUAGCCAUGGUCCCUCUCAACAAGUUUGUGCCAAUAAUGUUUCAUCCCAUAUCAACGGAAGGGACAACAGCUCCACUUCACCCACCCAUCCUGAGCGCAGUCCACAGGUAACAGCGCCCAAAACCACACUCCCUCAACAGAACGCACCGUUGCUGCAGGCUUCAGCAUCUCAGACUUCAACUCAGCAAGGGACAGAGAACAAUCUGCAGAAUAAAUGUCAGCAGAGCGACCACCAGCCGAGCCCCUCUCCUCACUACCUCCCUCAGAGCUCCCCCCAGCAGAUAAUCCAAAACACACAGCAACACAGUUCUCUGCCACCUCCCCAAAUCACGUCUCAACAAUGUCCUGCACAAACCAACCCCAUGCACGGCAUGCCUCAGAGUGCCACACAAGGAGCCCAGCCUGGACCCCCUCAGCCUGCGCCUCUCACCUCCUUACCACCCAGUCAUCCCACCCCACUUUUACCCUCCCAGCCCUCCCCUGCAGAGCAUGGAGAUCAAAGACCUAGUGAGCCUACGAGUAGACCAGACACGGGAGCCACGACCAUUCCCCCUCAGCACACUGUGAUGAAAUCUGGAACUCUGAAUGGUGUUUAUAAACAGCAGGCUUUCAGCCCCAAUCACCAUCAAACCUCACAGCUGGGCGGUAACUCAGGUCUUCAGGUUCAGAGAGGACCGGCACUUGCCCACAAUCAAGCUGUGCCCCCUCACCCCCAAGGCCAGGCAAAUGGAGCCAUGGGUCCUUACGGCAUGGGGAACCCUCAACAUCCAAACUACAGCCAGACGAACAUGAGCAGGCCCAUGCCUCCGUCUGCCCGCCACCCUCAUCACAAUGAGGCCAUGAACCCCCUACACAAUCCUGCCCACCACCCGAACUACCACCAGCAGGGAGGGCUGGCCUACUCUUACCACAUGCCAGGCCAACAGCACCCACAGCCCCACCCCAACAUGUACCCCCCUCACCAUUACCAACAGCAGCACUACUACCCCCACCCACAUCCCCAAGCGCAGGCCAACAAUAGAGGGAGCUUUCCUCCCGAGGAGUGGCAACGCGCACAUUAUCAGCCUCACCACACGGUGCCGCCAAACACCUACAUACCCACUACCGCUGCCAGAGGAAAUGGUCAUUUAAAGGAGAGCAGUGUGUCUCCACUGGGCUCUGAGGGCUCCAGUGGUGCUUCUUUGAUUUCCCCCUGUCCUGUGCCUGAAGGGCUGCACCAUGGCUUCUCAGAGGAAGGGAGGCGUGCAGGGGGAGGCAGCCCAGCAGGUCAGCCUCACACCGAGGGCUCAGAGCGAUCUGAAAGCCCGAAAGAACUCCUGGACCUCGACAGCCAUAAUGCUGCCGCUCGCCGUCGAAGCACCCAGCCCCCCCAUCAUCACCACCACCCUCCCGCCUCAGCUGCACACAUGGUGUCCGGCUACAUGUACGACCCUCGCGCCGUGCACCCCGGGAUGCAGCAAGGUGGCGUUCCUCCACCUCAUAUGAUGUCUCAAGCUCGAGGAAACGCCAACGGAGCCCCUUACCCUGGCCAGCCGUACCCAGAUCAAGGACGAUAUGCCUCCCAAAGACCACACCCACACCUGAUGGAGGCUCUGCAGCGGCCCCAGCAGCUGCCCUACUCGCCGGGUCAGACACGCAUGGCCAUGUACAGACACCCGCGUCCUGUGGGGCACUUCCAGGGCAUGAUGAUGCAGCAGAGAGGACUCGCACCAGAACACUUCCUACACCCAGGGCAACAGAUGAUGGCUGCUCCAGGCGGCCCGAGCGGUAAACAAGGAGUGUGACCACAACCAUAUCAGUGUGAGUAAAGCACGUUAUUUAAGGACAAAGCAGAUGGCAAAAAGGAAGAACAGAGACUAUAGAGGAGAAGAGAAUCUUAACUCCAUAGACGUCUCUAAAUGAUUUUCUUACACUGGACAAAAACCUUUUGAGUCUGUUUUACCCGCCACUGGACUUGAAGAGUGAAACAGCAGCAGGUGUCACCCAGAUGAUGAUAGAACAUGUUAUUGAGCACAACAGCUCUGCACAGGGUCACUCAUGAAGCAGCUCUGUGGAUGUGGGCGGGAUCCUCUGACUCUAUCGAGGACAAUUCGCUCUUGUUGUCGCUUUCAAAUUUGAGCGUUUGAACUUUGACCGUCCUGCAGAAGGGCAGAUUUUUUUAACCACUAGGCAAACCUGCCAAACUAAAAGGGACACUGCCUUCAAGAACACUGGACAGCCGUCUUCCUCUUUGAGCCGUUCAAAUGUGAACGGAGCUGCAGACAGAGCGAGGCGGAAUGUGACCGAGACUGUUUGUUUUAAUGCUGUUUUCUGUGUCACCCAUAUCUUAAAUCUCAGGGUUAGAAAAGGAGGUACUAUGAGACUGUCACCUAUCCAAGUCAACUCACAGACCCCCUUACGAUUGCCUUGGUUUCCUUUGUGAAUGUACGAGUGAAUGUGUGGACGAUGAGGAGUGUGCAGCAGAAAAAACUGCAUGCAUAAAGCGUUGUGAAAAAGGCCCAGCCACUGUCCGUAUCCAGCCCAACUCUGAAAUGUUUCUAACACAGUAUAUGCAUCUUUCAAAGCUGCCUUCUUUUGUUAAGAAUGUCUUUAGGUAACAGAAAGGGAGCAGCCAAGAUGGUGCGGUUAGAAUCCAGCUGUACCUAACUCUCUGUUAUGCACUACGGAGCUUUUUAAUCUAGACAUCCUGAAAUUGAGUGGCCUUGGAUCGUCAACCACAUAUAUGUAUCAAAAUAUAUCUUUACCUCUUGUUCCAGAUGAGGGAUUUCUACAAUUAUCAUAGCUGGUUUAUGUACAAACACAAAAACAAAAACAAACCCCCAUGUUGUUUUUUCUUAAUGUGAGAUUGGUUGCAUUCCACCUCUGAAGUUCUGAAGUAGCUCUUUGUUCAUCCUGAUCUUUGCUUCAUUGAGAGCUUCCUCUUCCCCAUCUCAAAACGAAUCGUUUCCUCAGGGUGUACAGUUUCUAUAUACGGGUAUUUUUCUGCAUGAUUUAAAGACGGAGAAGCGUAAGGAAAGAGUGGCACAUCAAUCCAGCUCAUGUGAAGAACAUGUUAGGAGACAUCAUGUGACUUUUUACUCUCCUUAAAGUUGAGUCAAAGUGAGAUGGAUUCACUCUGGGGUUUUUCUACAUUCCUGAUGUUGCUGUUGGUAAAGACUGUCACAAUCUACCUCAUCCAACCGCUCAGUGGCAUCUGCAGACUCCACACAUUGUAAAACCAGUGGAAGAUUUUCGAGCCACUUGUUGUUUGUACGCUCACAGAAGCGAUGGUGAAAUGGCCUUACGAUCCCUCGCCGUGUUGGGAGGGGGAACAUCCUGCCAGCUGUGUCCACAAGACGCUGACGCGAUAAUCCAGCUGUCCGUUUGAUUUUUAGCUCCAGGUGUUCUGUAACAAAGCAAUCCUUGAAAGUGUACACUAUCCUUUAAUAGACAGCACUUUCAUUAGUCAGUUUUCUGAUGUCGUCUUUUCAUGUGUGAUGGAGGAUUUUACAUCACAUGUCUGAGAUGAGGCUCUGAAAGUGGGUCUCUUUAGUUGUACAGAUUGCAUGACUUCCUGCCUGCAGAUGAAGUAGGCAGCAUUUCAGUGUCUUUGGGCCUGGAAUAGACUGCUUAGAGUUUGGAGGAUGGUUUUUGUAGCUGUAGGUAUCGGACAUUUUAAGGAAACAAACUAGGAAGUUUAUAAAAACAGGAGAGUGCUCGAUGCUGAGACUCUCUAUUUUAUUCAAAUAGAGAACCGUCUCAUUAUUUAGUGUCGUGUAGGGCCAUUGUGGAGGUAGCGUGUUCACUUGUGCUGUCUACGUUAUGAAGUACACAGUCGAUUUUAAAAUCCUGCCAGGCUGUGCAAGUGUGUGUUCAUGUGUGUGUGUUUCUGGUGUGUGUGUGUGUGUGUGUGUGUGUGUGUGUGUAGACUCUGCAUCAGACGAUGAGAAAGUGUGCAUUCACCUCUCACUUUUUUCCCCUGCUGUCAUCUCUCUGCACUAGUGAAAACAUUUAGACGUGAUGAAAUGUGAAUCAUAUUUAUUUGCUCUUUGAAUAAUUUUUGUACAUUUUUUGAACUUGUUUUUAAUAUAAAUGUGGUGUAUGUUUCUUUUUGGGGGCCGGGGGGGCAGUUGUCUUUUACCUCAGUAGCAUGGCAGCAUUGAAAAGAAGAUCUGUACUUUUCAUUUUUAAGUGACGUUUACAAGUUCUUAUCUGACUGACAUAGAUUAUUUUGGAAAUGGAGUGGAGUAUUUUCUAUACUGUACAUUUCUUAGAAAUAAAAAAACUUUUCUCA